GGUGUCUCUAAUUGCAGUUGUCCAGAAAGUAAAAUAAAGCCGUUAGGUCCAAUGCUUUUAAAUGGACUUACAAAGCUGAUCAAUGAAUACAAAGAGGAUUCAAAACUACUAUCAAUGGCAUAUUCGGCAGUUGGAAAGCUCUCCAGCCGAAUGCCUCAGCUCUUUACCAAGGAUAUAGCACUGGUACAGCAGUUUUUUGAAGCUUUAUGCAAGGAAGAUGCUGAUACUAGGCUUGCCAUUCAGGAGGCCUUGUCGAUGAUGGUUGGAGCAUACAGUAACCUGGAAGGAGCCCAGCGUACCCUGAUGGAAGCCCUUGUAGCUUCUUACUUAAUGAAGCCUGAAGUUCAAGUACGUCAAGUGGCUGUGAAAUUUGCUAGCACAGUGUUCCCUCCAGAUCAUAUCCCUUCCAGAUACUUACUCCUGUUAGCUGCAGGAGACCCGCGGGAAGAGGUACACGGGGAAGCCCAGCGGGUGCUGAGAACAUUUCCUGGUAAAAAUGAAAAGGAGAGUUCUGGGAAGCAGAUGCCUUCCUUCCCUGAAAUGGUGCAUUACAUUCAGGACAAGGCCUCUCACCGAAUGAAAACUCCAGCUAAAUAUAUGACUGGAACUGCAGCGUUGCCUUUCAACCCUGCCACUUUUGGAGAGAUAGUUCUGUAUCUGCGGAUGUGUCUUGCUCACAGUGCGGGUGUGGUGCCAACGUCACAGAGCUUAGCAGAUAUGCAGGAUCACGCUCCAGCCAUUGGACGUUACAUAAGAAACCUUAUGUCUGGCAACCACAUAUCUUUCUCUUCAUCCUCCUCGUCAAAAAGUGCAGAAACCAACCCUGUGCAUAUAUAUAUUGGCCUUCUUCAGCAGCUGCUAGCUGGUGUUGGAGGUUUGCCAGUCAUGUAUUGUCUUCUAGAAGUUGUUUCAGUGUAUCCAGAAAAACUAGCCACCAGAUUUGUGGACAAAAUGGAUUGGAUAAAGAGCCUGAUGAACACGAACAAGGAAGAAAUGCGUGAGCUCGCAGCCCUGUUUUAUUCUGUAGUGCUGUCUGUUAUGUCUGGAGAUGAGCUCAGGGCCUCCUUGGAGCAGCUGAUCAAGAUGACAAAAGACAAUCAUAGCCCGGAGGUCCAACAUGGAUCCUUGUUGGCUUUGGGAUUUACAGUAGGAAGGUACUUGGCCAAAGGGAAAAUCAAAACAAUGGAGCUCCAUGACAUAGAACAGCCGAACACUGCAGUCAUGCCUGAACAAGAACAGCUCAUAAAGUCAACGACGGAGACAAUAGGUUCUUUCCUGGACAGCACCUCUCCCUUCCUCAUGGUGGCUGCUUGUACAGCUCUCGGGGAGAUUGGCAGGAAUGGUCCCUUGCCAAUCCCCAGCGAAGGAACAGGAUUUACAAAGCUGCAACUUGUUGAAAGCUUAUUGGCCCGAAUCCCUUCCAGCAAGGAAACAAAUAAGAUGAAGGAACGAGCAAUACAAACAUUAGGUUACUUCCCAGUGGGAGAUGAAGAUUUUCCCCACCAGAAGCUACUGUUGCAGGGUUUAAUGGAUUCUGUGGAGGCCAAACAAAUAGAACUACAGUUCACUGUUGGUGAAGCUAUUACCAGUGCUGCUGUAGGAACCAGCUCAGUGGCUGCACGUGACGCAUGGACAGUCACAGAGGAGGAAUAUAUCCCUCCUUCAG